GGGGAGGAGUGGAUGUCGUCUGCGGUGGCACCUAUUACCAAUCCCCCUCCUGGGGUGAAGACCAUCUGCGACAGGACGGCCAAGUUCAUCGCGUCGUCGGGCGACGAGUACGAGGACAAGAUCCGGAAGCAAGAGGCCGGCAACGACAAGUUCGCCUUUCUCGAUCCAAAGUCGCCGUAUCAUGCUUAUUACGCCUUCCGCUUGGAACAGGCCCGCCGCGCGCUGCGCAAGGACGCGCCUGCUCAGGAGAUCGUCCUCUCGUCCGAGGCCCGCCAACUGCAGGAGACGCUGCAGGCGGCCGUGACGACACAAGAGGCCAUGGAGGCAGAGGCCGCCGCUGCCUUUACCGUUCCAGAGCCGCCACCGAACCACUUUCUCCUCACCCAGGCGCCGGCGCUCACCGCCAAGGACCUCGACGUCAUCAAGCUCAUGGCGCGGUUUGUGGCCGUCCACGGCGCCAAGUUCAUGGAGACCAUCGCGGCGCGUGAGCAGGGCAACGCGCUCAUGGGCUUUCUCCGGCCCUCGCACUCGCUCCACCCGGUCUUUCUGCAGUUUAUCGACCAGUACAAGCGGGUCAUCGAUCUGCCGGACUCGGAUCGCCAGCGGCUGGCCAAGGCUGCGAGCUCCAAGGCCGCGGUGGUAGGCGCCGCUACCGCAAAGUACGAGUAUGUCCGCUACAAGCGAACCAAGGACAAGAAGGAGCUACCCGAGUCUCGGGUCGCCGGCCUCGCCCCUGCAGCCCGCAUCGACUGGCACGACUUUGUCAUUGUCUCGACAGUCACUCCGGCCGACAUUGACCCGUCCGCGCACGACGGCGCCGAGCUGGUCGUCCUGACUUCGGCCAGAAACCGCACCCGUGCCGGCGGCGCACCCAUCCCAGCCCUCGCCCGUGCCGCCCAAACAGUGCUGCCUGCCGGCGUCCCCGCUGGCUUUGUCGACGGCGCCGUCGAAGAUGAUAACGAUGACGCCGACAUGGACAUGUCGGACGACGAUGAGUCGGCUGCGGUCGCACCGGCGCCUGCCCCCGCACCCGUCCCUGCCCCCACACCCGCCCCUGCUGUCGCCGCGCCCAAGCCGGCGCCGCCGCCGGCCGGCGUCAAGAUUGUCAAGAACUACGAGCCCAAGGUGCUGGACGCGGCGUCGCGGGUGGCGGCGGCCAAGACGGCCAUCUGCGAGCUGUGUGGCCAGUCGGUCCCGCUCGACGACUUUGAGGAGCACCGACGGAUCGAGCUCCUUGAUCCCAAGUGGGCCAAGCACCGCGCUGCCGAAGAGGCCGCGCGUAAGACCACCGCGCUCGCCCAGGGACCAGCCAUCUCGGGCCACCUCAAGCGGCUCGCUCAGGCCCGGUCCGACAUCUUUGUCUCGUCCGGCGACGGUAGCGGCAACAAUGAGAGCGGCGACGCCAAGCCCGCGCCCAUCAUCUGGGACGGUGACAAGUCAACCGCAAAGGCCGCAAAGGCCGCUGCGCGCAAGCGCGCCGCCGAGCAGCAGCGGGCAAGCGCGAGCAAUGGCUCAGCGCCGCAGCAGGGCCAGGUCAUUGGUCCUCGGCCUGCGGCAGCAUCGCGACCGCUUCAGCUCCCGCCCCCGCAGCAGCAGCCGCACCACCAGCCUCGCAUGCCGCCCCAGUAUCCGGGUCACCCAGGCCAGGGCUACCGCCCGCCGAGCGGAUACCCGAUGGCUGGCGCUGGUGGGCCGUACCCGCCGCAGAUGCACGUGCAGGGCGGUCCGGGCAAGCCGGGUGGACCUCCGUUCCACCCGAGCAACCCGAGCAACCCGCCGCAUCCCGGUUAUGGCAUGCUGCAACCAGGCAGCGCUCCGCUGGCAAAGCGACAGAAGACGAUGGGUGGGUCGGCAGCUGGCGCCGGGGCAGCGAGAGCGUCGGCCACCGGCGGUGGCGGCGGAGGGCUCCAGCCAGAGGCGCAGUUUGCGGUAGCGCACCCGGGCAAGGUGGCCGUGGCGGUCCACGUCCCCAGCGAGGCGGCGCACGCCAAGUUUGGCUUCAACGGACAGGUAGUGACAAUCGAGCUCGACGUCCGCGACACGAUUGCCGACCUCAAGCCCAAGCUCUCUGCAGCGCUCAAUGGCAUGCCGCUGUCCAAGAUGGCGUUUGCGACGGGUACCAUCGCCUCGCUCUCCAACAACAAGAGCCUCGCGUACUACAACAUUACGUCCGCCACACCAGUGCACCUCUCGUUUAAGGGCCGUGGUAAGCGCAAGCGAUAA